AUGAAUCAACAUUUAUUUCAAACAGAAAAAAUAAGUAAUUUAAAUAAUAAAACAUACGAUUAUAAAGAUGAUGUAAAUUUAUUAUCUAAAAAGAUGAUACUCGAACAAAAUGCUUCUUGUAAAUUGGGCAUUUUCCAAGAAAACAAAACUGAUUCGAUAUUAACCAAUCAAUUUGGCGUGUUCAAAUGCAAAGAACCAAUAAUCAGCAAGGGUAUGUUUGCUCGCACGUCAUAUGGGAAAUCUAUUUAUUUUUACAAAAAAACUAAAAAAAUCAAGAACUCGAAUAUUUUAAAUUUUGAAAACUAUUGUGGGAUAUCAAUACAUAAAUUAUGUAAUUUUUCAGAUAAUUUAAAACAUUCUUUUGAUUAUAAUGAUUAUAAUUUUUCUCAAAGUACAGAAUAUCAAUUAUGGACAAACAAACAUGCGCCUAAAAAAUUUACUGAUCUUUUAGGCGACGAAAGAAUACAUCGAGAAGUAUUAAAAUGGAUAAAACAUUGGGAUUUUUGUGUUUUUGGUAAAUAUUGCUUACAAAGUAAAAUAUUUGAGGAUGAUCAUGAAUUCAAUAAUGAUUUUUUAAAAAGACCCAAACAAAAAAUCUUAAUGUUAAUAGGGCCUCCUGGAUUAGGUAAGACAACAUUAGCUCAUAUUACUGCUCGUCAGGCUGGAUAUAAUAUUAUAGAAGUAAAUGCAAGUGAUGAUCGGACUGGUGCAGUUGUAAAGAAUCAAAUUUCUGAUGCCUUAGAUAUCCAAUCUAUUCAUGCAAAUCGUCCUACACUUAUUAUAAUUGAUGAGAUUGACGGUGUUAAUAAUUCAGCAGGAGAACAAGGAUUUAUAAAAUCACUUGUAGAUAUUCUUAUUGAAGACGAACAUGCAACAAAAGACAUGCUUUCUAAUAACUCUACAACAUAUUCAAAAAAAAAAAAAAUAAAGUCCAAAAAAAAAUUUCUUUUAAGACCUAUAAUUUGCAUUUGUAAUGAUUUAUAUACAGCUGCUCUAAGACCAAUCAGGCAAUAUGCAAAAAUAAUAUAUUUCAAGCAAGCAUCAACUUCUUCACUAGUAUCAAGAAUGAAUACAAUUUGUAAAAUUGAGGGUUUGUCUAUUAAUACACAAAUAUUAACUACCCUUUGUGAAAUUUUCGAAAAUGAUUUUCGAAGUUGUUUAAAUGCCCUUCAAUUUUAUAAAACUAAUGAAAUUGAUUUGACUAUGAAUUCUUUAGAUAUAGUUAAAGCUAAAUUAAAAAAAGAUUCAUCGAAAAGUUUAAAUCUUAUAUUAGAUAAAAUAUUUUUCUUUUCAAAUAAUAAACAGUAUAAAAAAAAUACUUCAAAAAACUACAAUAUAUUUAUGGAAAUUUAUGAAACAAUACAAAAUUAUGGCGAUUAUGAAAAAUUAAUUAAUAAUUGUUUCAUGCGGUAUCUUUUUCAAGAUUACAAAGAUGAUAGGUUUUCUAAACCUAUACUGAUAGGAGAUUGGCUUUUCUUUUUUGAUAUUUUAAAUUCUUCUAUAUAUGAAAGACAAAAUAUUGAAUUAUUAUCAUAUUUAGCAUUUCCGCUAUUAAUAUUUCAUAUGCUAUUUAUUUCUGUUAAGUAUGAUUAUAAACAUAACUAUCAGCAGAAUUUAAAACAAAACUCAGAUUGGGAACUUUAUAAUUUACAAAGAAUUAAUAAUGAAAUUUACGCUUCUUUAUACUAUGGGAGUGUUCCUUGUUUACAACAAAUAUUUUGUUUAAAAUCUCUUUUAAUUGAUGUAGUACCAUAUUUAGUUUAUAUUUUAUUACCCAAAUUAAGACCUAUUAAUCUACAAUUGAUAAAAAAUACAGAAAAACAAGCUUUAAAUCGAGUCAUAAAUAAUAUGAUAUAUUUUAAUAUUAAUUAUUCCCAAACCAAAACAGAUGACGGCACUUUUAUUUAUAAAUUUGAACCUCCAAUAGAAACUUUGAUAACUUUUGCUUUUUUUAAAAAACAUGAACCUAUUUUUCCAAAAUAUUCUAUUUGUCAGAUCAUAAAUAUGGAAUUAGAAAAUGAGAAACUCAGAAUUCAAAAACAACGAUAUAAUAAAGAUUCAAACAAAUCAUUAAAUGUUACUUCUGGAUAUAAAAGAAAGUCAGAUAAAUUAUUUAAUGUAGAGCAACAAUUUACUAAGGAUUUUUUUGGAAGAAUCAUACCUAAGUCUAUAGAUAAUAAAAAUCAAAAAAACUUUGAUCGAAAUAAAAUAUUUAUCAAACCAAACUCAAAAGUAUGGGUUAAGUUCCAUGAAGGAUACUCCAACGCUAUUAAAAAGCCCAUUCCAAUAGAAGACAUAUUAAAAUGAUAACUAUUGUAUAAAUACUUAGAUAUCUUAAUAAUUGUCAUUUA